AAAAAUUUUUCAACGCACAUCGUGACAUCGGCACAUGAAUUUGCUCGUACACACUUGAUUGAACAUUACCUGGUUUACUGGUUAAAAAAAGAGCCAAGAACAAUCUAAAUAAAUACUUGUUACCCGGGGACAACUUCAUUUCUCAGACUGAUAGAAAUUACUCAGGCAUAUUACUCAUUAUAAAACGCUGACGCAUUGAAUUUAUAAUUUAAUAAUAAAAAAAAAAACAAAAUCAUCAUGAGUCUUCAGUGGACCCUUAUUGCCACAUUUUUGUACCUGGAGAUUGCAGUUGUAUUGUUAUUGGUAUUGCCAAUAGCAUCACCAAAAAGAUGGCAGAGAUUUUUUAGAUCAAAAUUUUUACAAAGUUUAAGGAAUCAAGCAUCAAUUUAUUUCCUUGUUUUAUUGGCAAUAUUGGUAUUGUUUUUGUUGGAUGCAAUUAGAGAAAUGAAGAAAUAUUCAAGUACUGAACAAGAUCAUGCUCAUCUUGAUGCUGAAAUGCAAGGAAACAUGAGACUCUUCCGAGCUCAAAGAAAUUUUUACAUUUCUGGCUUCGCUUUAUUUUUGAGUUUGGUUAUUCGUCGUUUGGUAAUUUUAAUAUCAGAUCAAGCUGUACUAUUGGCAAACAGUGAAGCAUCAAUGCGUCAAGCUCAAUCAGCAACAACAACAGCAAAAAGUUUGUUAUCACAAAAAGGUGAAACAGCACAAAAUGAUUCAAAUGAAGCACAUGAUAAAAUUGUUUCUGAGCUAAAAUCACAAUUACUUAAAGUUUCAAAUGAAAAAACAGAAUUAAAAAAUGAACUUAAUAAAGAAAAAAAAGAUAAAGAAGCUCUUAAAUCACAAGCAGAAUCAUUAACAAAAGAAUAUGAUCGUCUUUCCAAUGAAUUUUCAAAAUUACAAGCAGCUGGUGGUGACAAAAAAAGUGAUUAAAUAAUUAUUCUAUUUUUCAUUAAUUUUUUCUUCCUUGUUUUUCAUUAUAAUAAUUUGUUUUUUAUGGUUUAAUCCUCAGCUUAGGGUAUAAUUUUUUUUGAAAAAAUAUUACUUAUUAUAAAUAGGUAUUUCAUCAGUUUUUUUGUUGAGAUUUGUAACUUUUUUUUUUCUAUGAUUUAUCAGCUAAUAACUGAUAAGAUUGUUAACUUUCUAAAAGAAAAAACAUCAUCGAAAAAAUAAAAAUGUAAAUGCUUGUAAUAAUUUUGUAUUUAUAAACAAUAUUAUUUAAAAAAUAAUUUUGUUAUUGCCUUGAAUCCAAUAAAGCUUAAUUUAAUUUAAAAAAUUUAUUUCGAAUAAUAAUUUAAACUAAAAAUAUUAAAAAUCCUUGAACAAAAAAA